AUGCACCCGCUGGGCGUGCUUCUGAAGAAAACCUCGGCGUCGGUCAUCCGAAAGACGAGGCUCAUCUCCGUCCUUCUCGAGGAACUCGUUCGAUUUCCGGCGAGCACUUUUCCGCCUUCCGCCGCGUUGUGCUUCGAGGAGUUGUACCUAGUUCUGCAGAGGAUUAAGGUACUAGUUGAGGAUUGUAGCUCCUGCAGCAGAAUGUGGCUGCUGGUGCAGGUCCCUUCGAUUUUGAGCUCAUUUCAGCAGAUGACGGCGGAAUUAUCGACGCUCCUAGAUAUUUUACCGGCGAAGGAGAUGGAAUUGAGCGAGGACGUCGGGGAAUUGCUCGAUCUGAUUAAGAGGCAGUGCUCGGCGAGAGGCUCGCCGGCGUGUGCGGACGCGUGCGACGAGGAUCUGAGGAUUGAGGUGCUGAAAAUGCUGGAGGACAUCAAGAGGGAGGUCGUUCCCGACCAAUCGAAGCUUGGCAUGAUUUUCGAGAGGCUGAAUUUGAGCGACACGGCGAGCUGCAGCAGCGAGAUCGAGAAUCUCGAGGAGGAAGUGCAGAGCCAAAACGACGACGUUUCGAAGGUAGAGAUAAUCGCUCUGAUGGGGCUCGUGCGGUACGGGAAGUGCGUGCUGUACGGCGCGUCGACGCCGCGGGCGUCCUCUGCCGCCGCCCUCAGACGCCGGAAAUCGGCUUCGGAGGUGAAUUUCCCGGCGGACUUCCGGUGCCCGAUCUCACUCGACCUGAUGCGAGAUCCGGUGGUGGUGUGCACGGGUCAGACCUACGACCGCUCGUCAAUCGGCGCGUGGAUCGAAUCGGGUCACGCGACUUGCCCGAAGACGGGUCAGGCUCUGGCCCACACGCGCCUUAUCCCCAAUUUGGCACUGAAGAAUUUGAUAGCUAUGUGGUGCAGGGACCAGCGGAUCCCUUUUGAGACAACGGAGGUCAACGUAAAUCCUAACGGCGCCGUUCUCAACAAGGCUGCUCUGGAGGCCACCAAGAUGACCGUUUCAUUCCUCGUCAACAAGCUGGCAGCGGCGGCGGCGGCGGCAUCGCCCACCGCCGCCGACCGUCUCGUCUACGAGCUCCGCGUCCUCGCCAAGACCGACUCCGACAGCCGUCUGUGCAUCGCCGAGGCCGGAGCCCUGCCGCUGCUCGUCAAGUGCCUCGCCUCGGACCUCCCGAGCCUCCAGAUAAACGCCGUCACCACCAUCCUCAACCUGUCCAUCCUCGACUCCAACAAGGCUCGGAUCCUGGAGACCGACGGGGCCAUCGACGGGGUUAUCCACGUGCUGAGAUCAGGCGUCACGUGGGAGGCCAAGGGAAACGCUGCUGCCGCCAUCUUCAGCCUGACCGGUGGCGCCGGCCGGCGCCGCCUCGGCCGGAGGGUGCGUGCCGCCACACUGGCGCUACUCGACCUGGCAAAAACUGGGCCCAUGGGCCCCAGACGAGAUGCGAUGAUGGCUAUCCUGAACCUUGCAGGAGAUCGGGAGGGGGCCGGGAGGCUAGUUGAAGCAGGGGCGGUGGAGGUGGCAGGGGAGGUGAUGGACGUGCUACCGGAGGAAGCAGCGGCGGUGCUGGAGGUGGUGGUGAAGAGAGGUGGGAUGGUGGCAGUGGCGGCAGUUUACCACCGGAACGUGGUGGAGAGGCUGGCGAAGCUGCUGAGGGACGGCUCGGAUCGGGCCCGGGAAAGCGCGGCAGCUACAUUGGUGAUUGUUUGCCGGAAAGGAGGGUCGGAGGUGGUGGCUGAGCUGGCGGCGGUGGCGGGAAUCGAGAGGGUGGUUUGGGAGGUGAUCGGGAUGGGUAGCGGACGGGCGAGACGAAAGGCAACGACACUGUUGAGGAUACUAAGGAGAUGGGCAGCCGGGCUAGUCGGGCGAGAUUUCGGCUCGGGGCACUCGACAAAUAUUACAGGUUUGAAUAUGAUGAACCCUACAAGAAUAGUGUUGCCUGCAUAG